GGAAGAAGCCUCAAGGUUUGAGCUGUGCUAUGCGCAGUCUCUGUCAAUCUGUGUGCCCCAAUGCUCGGAUACCUGGCAGCUGGUGCGCUAUGUCUGGCAGCGGUGCUGCUCAUGCGCCUGGAUCACUUGCCGCUUCUUCAUAUCCCCGGGUUGCGCUCUAUUUUCCCGCAGCAAUGCGAGCUCAGCGGGGGGAGACUGAUGAGCAAAGAAGAGCUGUCCGCUUAUGAUGGGGGCCCUGGGAGCGCUGGCAUUUACCUUGCCGUUUUGGGGCAGGUUUUUGAUGUGCAUAAGGGCAGCAAGCAUUAUGGCCCGGGGGGCUCGUACAGUUUUUUUGCAGGGAAAGACGCCUCUCGAGCUUAUGUAACUGGCGACUUCACGGAAAAGGGUCUUGUAGAUGACGUGACAGAGCUCUCGCCUUUGCAGAUGCUGCACCUCCAGAACUGGCUUUCCUUCUAUCAGCAGAAUUAUAUCAUCCUAGGCAAGUUGACAGGAAGAUUUUAUGAUGAAAGUGGAAACCCAACAAAAGCUCUAGAAGAUGCCUUAAAAGUAAUUGAUACUGGCUUAAAGUUAAAGGAGGAGAGAGAGGAGGAGAACAAGCAAUUUCCACCCUGUAAUUCUGAAUGGAGCUCUGAUAGUAAAAGAGUUUGGUGUUCUAAAAACAGUGGGGGAAUACACCGGGACUGGGUUGGUGUCCCCAGAAAGAUGUAUGUAGCAGGCACCGAUGGCUACCGCUGUGUGUGUGUGAGAAAUUUUGGCCCUUCAUCAGAGCAGCCAGACUCUACUGAACACAAUGAUCGAGGGGACCUGGACAAUCCUUUGCUGCAUGAAUAUGAGGACUGUAACCCACUUUUUGAGUGGUGUUUCUUAAAGAAUGGGACCUAAUUAUUCCAUGAGCUGCAAUAUAAUGUUUCCAUAUCUGCACUCUUCUAGGACAUUCUAAAUGUUUUUUUUGUUCGUUUUUUUAAAAACCUCUGCAUACUACAUGUAGAAGCUUUAUUUUUUCUAAUGUAAUGGUAAAACGGUAAUAUGAAUCUGUAAACCCACUUUGUGGUUUAGUGUGAGAAAAAACAGGGGAAAUAAUAAAAAAAAAAAACAGUAAAAGCUAAAAA